AUGACUGACGUAGUGGUCCAACACCUUAUUCAUCACACGAUGACUAGAAUUCGAUGCAAUGAUCUUGUCAAGAAAGUCGCCAUAUACGGCCAUAAACUAGCUGUGCAACUCUCCGAUCGCUUGCAUAUCUACCGUCAAAUCAAGGGUGAUGGCGAUAGUGAACAGCUUGAAUAUACACUCUGUGAACGGAUAAACAAAGCGUUCGACUGCUCCUUAUUGGUGGUCUGCUCUAACCAUCUAAUUCUAUGUGAUGAAAGGCGAUUGCAAUGCUAUGACCAUAAAGGACUCAAACAGAGGGAGUGGCAACUUGAGUCUGCCAUAAGAUAUAUCAAGGUGAUUGGAGGGCCACCAGGACGAGAAACUAUCCUGAUUGGACUACGCGAGGGUCAGGUCUGCAAACUAUUUGUGGACAAUCCAUUUCCUGUCCAAGUCCUAAAGCUAAAUGGUCCCAUCAAAUGCAUCGACAUAAGCGUAACCAGAAGACAUAUCGCGGUUGUCGAUGACAGCGGGAUUUGUGUUGUUUUUGACGCAAAAACGAAGGAAGUUCUAUUUGAAGAACCGAACUGCAAUAGCGUGGCUUUCAACAAUGAUAAUGAGGAUAUAAUAUGUUAUUCGGGAAACUCUAAGCUGACAGUGAGAGCUCGAGGAUAUCCAGGGCAUCAGCAGAGAAUGUUUGGGUUUGUUGUCGGAUUCUCGGGCAAUAAAGUUUAUUGCUUACACAUCUAUGCCAUGCAAGCUAUCGAGGUCCCAUUUUCCAACCAACUCUAUCAAUACAUAGAAAAUAAGGAGUACCAAAAAGCCUACGACCUUGCCUGUCUUGGAGUGACCAGCGAAGAUUGGCAAAUCCUUGCCAAAGAUGCUAUCAUGAAUCUUGAAUGUGACAUAGCUAAAAAAGCAUUUGCACGCUACAAGGACUACCGUAAUUUGCAACUUGUCGCUGAAAUCAAGGAGAUGCUAGCAGCAAAUGAGCCCGAGUACUUAAUUCGAGCCCAUGUUCUUUGCUAUGAGGGUAAGUUCCAAGAAGCUGCUGCCCUUUAUCGAGCGAAUGGUGAUGACAACCGGGCCAUGCAAUUAUUUACGGAUCUUCGAAUGUUUGAUGAAGCGCAGGAAGUAAUGGCUAGCGCAUCAGGCGAGACGCAACGCAUGCUUAUGCGGAAGCGUGCAGAUUGGGCGAAAAAUUCGAAUCAACCAAAAGUAGCAGCCGAAAUGCUUAUUUCUAGUGGAGAUCUCGAUAAAGCUGUUCAGCUGAUUACGGAUAAUGACUGGAUGGAUCUGUGCGGUUUGACUAUUCUCCGUGGAGCACGUUUUGCGAUGAAUAUUGUUUGCAGAGCGAUAAAUGUGAUGCGAAAGUUGGAACGAAGUGAUGCCUUUGCUAUAGCCGAUCGCUACCCAAAAUACAUUGAAGAUGUUUAUCUACCAUAUGCAAGAUAUUUGGCUGAACGAGACCAGUUUUUGGAAGCUCAAAAAGCUUAUCACAAAGCCGGACGUGAUCAGGAGGCAUUACGAGUGCUUGUACAACUCACAGGCAACGCAGUUGAUGAGAAUAGAUUCGCUGAUGCGGGCAUGCAGUAUCUAGAAAGAUCCAAGGACAAUCCCUCACUUAUCCCGAAGUACUAUGCCAGUGCUAAACUUGCUGAAGUCUACUAUGCAUACCAUGCAAUCUUCCUAUACUGUGUAAGUGACCCUGUUAUUAUUUUCCUUUUGUUUCAAUACAAAAAUGUAGCAAAUAUAUACUUAUUUAUGGUUAUAGACCAAAAUCACUAUCGGUAGAG